UCACAACGCUUAUUUUGCUUGUUUUACUAAGGCUUUACAACUCCUUUUCAUCUCUUAAUCAUGAAAACGGGAAGAAGGAUACUAAACUACCGGAAAGAUAGCUUUUGAAUGGGUUCGUGAGCCGUAAUUUCGUACAAAAUGCACGUCGUAAAUGCGUGCACGAUAAAGGAUAGUUUAUAGAAGAGUACCAGGUUUUAAGAAUUAUGUCGGAAAGAGAGUCAAAUACGCGAACUUCGCGCCCUCAACAUGGCCAUAGGUCUAGAAAACACCCAAAUAACCCUUCACUCGAGCGGGAACAGAAGAAGACGUCCAGAAUUCAGACGCUGGGUCUUGGCGCAGGUGAAUCUAUUAAAGAGAAACAACAAAAAGCUCGAGAGGAAAGAGAAGCAAAGAGAUCAACUUUGGAUCAGAGACAUGACUACAUUUUACAAUCAUUAGCUGAUUGCCUGGAUCUGCCCUUCGAUGAAGUUACAGACUCAUUAUUAGAAGGAAAGCAGAUUGAGCAUAUGGAACAAUUAUUUGUUCAAGAUGGUCUGAGGCAUAUCAUUUUUUAUUAUCAACAAACUGAAUCACUAAACGAACCAGUUGAGCAAGUCCGUCUUGGUCCGGGAGGGGCUCAGAAAGUCCCAAUAAAACCAACGAGGCCAAAGCUAUUCUUCACUGAUGGCACGGAGGAUCCAAUUCACGGGAUUUGCGUGUUCUUCAUCAGAUCCAAUGUUAACAAAACUAUAACAAAUGUCAACAUAAACAAUGAAGUGAGUUUUGGUGUGAUUGAUACAAGAGGAACAGGUCUCCUUCAUGCAUCAGAACGGCUUCUGUCCGAUAUUUUUCUUCCCGCCCUUGGCAAGACCGGUGGCUGGGGAGAAUUGUCCACGAAACACGGCCAACAGAUCCGUCAGGAGUUUAUAAACCAAUUACAAAACUUUGUCUCAGUAUUGAUCGCUGCUCAGGACAGUCUUGAUGAUACAGUCGUCCUGAAAGAGUGUGAAACUCUGGAUCUAAGCCAAAUCUCAACACCAACUGAGUAUAUUAAUGCAGCGAACUCAAGUGAUGCACUUCCUAAAAUUGAAGAGCUCAUUGGGAUAUGGAUGAAGCAGAUUGAACAGGUUUUGGCGGAAAGCGAACAAAUGCGUAAAGAAGCGGACAACGUUGGACCGCGAGCAGAACUGGACUAUUGGAAGAAAAGAAUGGCUAAAUUUAACUCGUUAUUUGAUCAAAUCAAAGGCCCUGAAUGUAAAGCUGUCGUAGGCGUUCUUCAUGCUGCAAAAUCUAAGCUCUUGAAGAACUGGCGAGAUAUUGAUAGCAGAAUCACUGAUUACGCCAACGAGGCCAAAGACAACGUGAAAUUUCUUUACACAUUGGAAAAGUUUUCGGAGCCACUUUACAAAAACAACCCGGUUGCAAUGUUUGAUAGUAUUGCUGGUCUCAUCAAUGCAAUACGAAUGAUCAACUCUUAUUCUCGCUACUAUAAUACGUCUGAAAGAAUGACAGCGUUGUUUGUCAAGAUUACAAACCAGAUGAUCACCGCAUGUAAAAACUACAUCACGGAGGAAGGUCUCAAGAACGUAUGGGAAUAUCCCCAGGAGGAACUGAUCUCGAAGCUUCUGGACUGCGUCAAACUGAACGAUUCCUACCAGCAGAGUUUCCAACGAGCGAAAAGAAAACUGGAGGAGAAUCCUGAAGAGAGGCAGUUUGAAUUCAGCGAGAUGUAUAUAUUUGGCAAGAUAAAUAGCUUCACUGGAAGAUGUCAUAAAAUAAUUGAUAUGAUGUCCACGAUUAAAUCUUUCUUGAUCCUCGGAGAGUCGACGAUCGAGGGAAUUGAGCAAAUUUGGAGCAGAUUUCAGCUGAUUUUGACGACGAUUAAAAAGAAACCGUACGAUCUCCUGGAUUACAGAAAAACGGAAUUCGAUGUUGACUACGAAGAGUUUCGACGACAAAUUCAGGAGUUACAGUCACAACUCCACAUCUUCAUUGAUACGUGUUACAACCGAGUCUCUUCAACACAACAAGCCCUACAAGUCAUGAGAAAAUUUGAAAGACUCGACUUGGAAUGUCUAAACGAGGCAAUUGCCGACAAAUACCACAAAAUCCUUCUUCAGUUUGGCCGAGACAUCGAGAACAUUCAGAAAACGUAUCAAAGACUUCGUCACGAGCCGCCCGUUGCUCGGGAUCUUCCGCCGAUAGCCGGCAAGAUAAUGUGGGCUCGUCAAAUGUUCCGAAGAAUCCAGGAACCGAUGGAACAUCUAAAAAAAUACCCAGAAAUCCUUCAGGGAGACGAUAGCAAACGUAUUGUAAGGAAUUAUAAUAAAGUCGCGAAAGUUUUACUGGAGUUUGAGGUUCUCUAUCAUCAAGCGUGGGUGAAACAGGUCGAUAUUAUCAAAACAGGUCUGGCUGCUUCUCUUUUUGUUCGACAUCCGGAAACGAAGAGGAUUUUUGUAAAUUUUGAUCCAGAGAUUCUGACGUUGAUCCGAGAGACGGAAUGUAUGGCCCGGCUUGGUCUGGAUAUUCCCUUUGCUGCGAGAUCGCUUCUUUAUAAACAAAAAACGCUCAAGAAAAACUACAACAACUUAGAGUUGCUCUUGGUCGAAUACGAGAGAGUUCUUGAGAAAAUUCCCGCGUCAUUCAAGCCACUGAUGGCUCCUCAUUUGGCCAAACUUGACGCAGCUAUUGAACCUGGUCUCACCAUGUUAAACUGGACUUCAUUGAAUCUUGCCACGUACCUGGACAGUGUGUAUGAGGCACUACGCGAACUAGACCUGCUGUUAACUCGUGCCCAGGACCUGGUUACCUUCCGUAUUGAUGGUGUCCUGAACGAAAUGAGCACAGUUCCCUUGUGUGAGUUACCCAGCGAUGCAUCAUGGACUGUCGAGGAAUUCUUAAAGAAUACUGAGGAACUUUGCCGUCAAGGAGCAGAAUUAUUGCAGACGAAAAGUGCUUUGGUAGAGGAAGCCGUGAAUGAGUUGAUCGCCAUGCUGUUGAAGAUUGAUGGUGAAGAGGAAGUUGAGGAGGGAACUGAGGACGAAAAUGCUCCAGAGACCGCGCGACGACCGAGCAGUCAGAAAAAGAAAAGUAUUGGGAAUGAGAAUGAUGUACUGCGACCAACGUCAGGGCGGACUGGGACUAGCAGUCGUCUUGGUAGUGCAGCUAUCAGCCCGAAUGCUGCAGCUUUGAAACGAAAACGAGAAAUGAAAGAUUACCUGACCGAGGAAGCCCAAGAACUUUUAUCUUACUUUAACCAUCGUAAUAUUGACGCCAUCGUGCGUGUAACCAAGGCAACUCUUGAUGCUAUGCGUAAGAGAGUCACGGUCAGCUCAACACUCCAUUAUAUUGAGGCCAGUUUACUUGCAAAAGACAACCAAGCUUUUAAUACGCCUCUGUUCAAAUCAUUCAUGACCUUAGCUAUACCAAACAUUACAAUGCAGCCUGCCUUAGAUGAAGUACAGCAAACUCUAAACAAAGCAGCUCAGAAAGUUGUUAACGUUGCCCGCAGCAUACAGCAAUGGGAGAAAACGUGCAAAAUCUUUUUGAAACCAAAAGACUUCGAUGAAGAAUCUGAAACUCGCAGUCGUAGCGUCAGCAAUGCCACCAGCAUUGAUGAAGAUGUUCGCUUGGUAUCAAGACGAGCAGCAAAGAGUGAAACUGACUCUAGCGUUGUCAGUGGUCUAACGGCUUUCAUCAAGAAGGAGAACUAUUUUAAACAAGUUUCAGAGAAUAAAGAAAUUGCAAAAUUGUUAUCGAUUCUUUCAACUCUGAUAAACUCGACAAAGAAAGAAGUAACAACUGCUCUGGAACAUUUUGACAGCUACGACAGAGUCUGGAAGUUGAACCGAGAUGAAGAACUAGCGAAGUUUUUACAAGAUGAUCUGAGUUUGUCGGAGUUUGAGGCGAUGAUUUGUCAUUAUGAGGCUCUAGAGAAGAAGAUUAUGGCUGAGCCUGAGUCAUACAGUGUUGGGGCUGUUGCAUUGUACACAGAGAAACUUAAAGCGUCGUUAUGUGCCGAGACGAAAGCCUGGCGUGUGGCGUAUGGAAAAUUGUGUAACACAAAAUAUCUCAACGAAAUGGAAAUGAUAUUUACCUCGGUCGAGGACUGGGUCAAGCGACUGAACCGACCAAUCAAAGACCUCGAUGAUAUCAGACUGGCCAUGGGAACGUUGAAAGAAAUCAGAGAGAAAGAGAUCAGUAUUGAUAUGAUGAUUGGUCCAAUUGAGGAAUCGUAUGCCAUGUUAAACCGUCAUGAAGUGUUGGUAGCCAGAGAGGAAUCUGAACGAGUCGACACGCUGAGAUAUUCUUGGGAAAAACUUCAGGUUUUGGCUUCGGAAUCUCAAGGAGAACUGAUCAAAAUCCAACCAGACUUUAAAAGUGACUUGCUUGAGUCAGUGGAGGCGUUCAUUGUCGAUGUGGAUAUCUUCUCUGGUGACUAUCUCAGGCUUGGUCCAAUGGUGUCUGGAGUUGCUCCAAGUGAAGCCAGCGAUCGACUCAUUAUUUUCCAGAAUCGUUUUGAUGCGUUGUGGCGUAAAUACAUCACGUACUCCGGUGGCGAGGACCUGUUUGGGCUGAUGAUCACGGAGUAUCCGAGUCUGAUGAAAAUCAAACGUGAACUCAACUUACUUCAGAAGUUAUACGGUUUGUAUAAUGACGUCAUUGACACAGUGAAUGGCUAUUAUGAUAUCAUGUGGACUGAGGUGGAUAUCGAGAAAAUAAACCAGGAAUUAUUGGAGUUUCAGAACAGAUGUCGCAAGUUACCUCGAGCGCUGAAAGACUGGCAAGCAUUUGAAGAUCUUCGUAAAACUAUUGAUGAUUUCAACGAGAGUUGUCCGUUGCUGGAGUUGAUGGCAAACAAAGCAAUGAAAUUACGUCAUUGGGAGCGGAUCGCUCAGAUCACCGGACACACGUUUGACGUGGAAUCAGAGACGUUCGCAUUGCGUAAUAUCAUGGAGGCGCCGCUGCUCAAAUAUAAGGAAGACAUUGAGGAUAUUUGCAUAGCAGCGACAAAGGAGAAAGACAUUGAAGCGAAGUUGAAAGGUGUCAUUGCUGACUGGAACCUUCGUGAGUUCGCUUUUGCAAACUUCAAAAACCGCGGCGAACUGUUGUUACGUGGAGACAACACGUCAGAGAUUAUCUCAGUCAUGGAGGAUAGUCUAAUGGUGUUGGGAUCUCUAAUGAGUAACAGGUACAAUGCGCCGUUCAAAAAAUCCAUUCAGACGUGGGUUCACAAGCUUUCCAAUACGACAGACAUCAUUGAAAACUGGAUGACGGUUCAGAAUUUAUGGAUCUACUUGGAGGCUGUUUUUGUUGGGGGAGAUAUUGCAAAGCAGUUGCCAAAGGAAGCAAAGCGUUUUCAGAACAUUGAUAAACAAUGGGUGAAGAUUAUGACCCGAGCUCACGAAACUAUGAAUGUUGUUCAUUGCUGCACGAGCGAUGAAACGUUGGGACAGUUAUUACCUCAUUUGCUGGAGCAGUUAGAGUUGUGUCAGAAAUCUUUGACGGGCUAUUUGGAAAAGAAGCGUCUUGUGUUUCCUCGAUUCUUCUUUGUCUCUGAUCCAGCUUUACUUGAGAUUCUGGGUCAAGCCAGUGACUCCCAUACAAUACAGGCACAUUUAUCAAGUGUAUUUGACAACAUAAAACAUGUCAAGUUUCAUGAUAAAGAUUACGACAGAAUUUUAUCAAUCAUCUCACGCGAGGGUGAAACUAUCGAGUUGGAAAAACCAGUUAUGGCUCAGGGCAAUGUCGAAGUUUGGCUUGGCUCUCUCAUGAACAUGGCACAGAAAUCUUUGCACAAUGUUAUCAGACAGGCUCAUUUUGCCAUCGGGGAUGCGAACUUUCAACUCUUGGAGUUCUUAAAUACAUUCCCUGCCCAGGUUGGUCUACUUGGGAUUCAAAUGAUUUGGACGCGAGAUUCAACGGAGGCCCUCACAACCGCAAAAUACGACAAAAAAGUGAUGACUCAAACCAACCAAGCAUUCCUGGAUCUCCUCAAUGUUCUGGUUGAACAAACUACACAGGAGUUAACGAAAGUUGAGAGAACUAAAUUUGAAACCCUGAUUACAAUUCAUGUUCAUCAGAGAGAUAUAUUUGAUGAUUUGUGUCGAAUGCACAUCAAAAGUCCAUCAGAUUUUGAAUGGUUAAAACAGAUCAGGUUUUAUUUCAGCGAGGAUACGGACAAGUGUUUAGUAUCCAUCACAGAUGUCGAUUUUAUUUAUCAAAACGAGUUUAUUGGCUGCACAGAAAGACUUGUGAUCACCCCUCUGACUGAUAGAUGUUACAUCACUCUGGCUCAAGCGCUUCAUAUGUCUAUGGGUGGGGCACCGGCUGGUCCGGCUGGAACAGGAAAAACAGAAACAACUAAAGACAUGGGAAAAGCUCUCGGAAAGUACGUCGUCGUGUUCAACUGUUCUGAUCAGUUGGACUACCGUGGACUGGGUCGAAUAUUCAAAGGUCUGGCGCAGUCUGGUAGUUGGGGCUGUUUUGAUGAAUUUAACCGUAUCGACCUUCCUGUGCUAUCAGUCGCCGCUCAACAAAUUUACAUCGUUUUGUCUUGCAAGAAAGAACGUAAGAAGCAGUUCAUCUUUUCUGACGGUGAUGUUGUCCAAAUGAAUCCAGAAUUCGGGAUAUUCUUGACGAUGAAUCCUGGUUACGCUGGUCGCCAGGAACUGCCUGAAAACCUGAAGAUACAGUUUCGUACUGUGGCUAUGAUGGUUCCUGAUCGUCAGAUUAUCAUCCGUGUGAAGCUUGCCAGUUGUGGUUUCAUUGAUAGCGUUGUUUUGGCCAGAAAGUUUUAUACUUUGUACAAAUUGUGCGAAGAACAACUCUCAAAACAGGUUCACUAUGAUUUUGGACUGCGAAAUAUUUUAUCAGUCCUGCGAACACUUGGAGCGGUGAAACGAGGAAGUCCUGGGGAUAGCGAGAACACGACUGUGAUGCGAGUGCUUCGUGAUAUGAACCUCUCUAAAUUGGUUGAUGAAGAUGAACCGCUUUUCUUGAGCUUGAUAAACGAUCUCUUCCCUGGGAUCUCUUUGGAUAAAGCUGGAUAUCCAGAGCUAGAGAAUGCUAUCGAGAGUCAAACCGAAGAAUCACAACUUAUCAACCACCCCACCUGGAGACUUAAACUGAUACAGUUGUUCGAGACUCAGCGAGUGCGUCACGGUAUGAUGGUCCUGGGGCCAAGUGGUGCGGGCAAGACAACUUGCAUUCAUACGUUAAUGAAAGCAAUGAGUGAAUGUGGAGUUCCACAUCGUGAAAUGAGGAUGAACCCAAAGGCAAUCACAGCUCCACAGAUGUUUGGAAGACUGGAUGCUGCCACUAACGAUUGGACAGACGGAAUAUUCUCGACUCUUUGGAGGAAAACACUUCGCGCUAAGAAAGGGGAACGUAUAUGGAUAGUGCUUGAUGGUCCAGUAGACGCAAUCUGGAUUGAAAAUCUGAAUAGUGUACUUGAUGAUAACAAGACACUGACUCUAGCUAAUGGUGAUCGUAUACCAAUGUCUCCUCAUUGUAAAAUCAUCUUUGAACCCCACAAUAUUGAUAACGCCUCGCCUGCGACAGUAUCAAGAAAUGGCAUGGUUUAUAUGAGUUCCUCUGGCUUGGAUUGGAGACCAAUUCUACAAGGAUGGUUGAACAAACGUGCUGUGGGUGAAGCUGAAAUCAUCAAAGCUUUAUUUGAUAAAUCUUUUCAAGAUAUUCUCAACUUUGCCAGCCACAGUUUGGUGUUUAAGAUGACAGUGCUGGAAUGUAACCAUAUUGCUCAAGCUUGUAAUUUGCUGGAAGGAUUGAUUACAAAUAAGGAAGACAAAGACGAAGGUGGUCAAAUGUCUGCUCAACAUUUGGAAAGACUUUAUAUUUUCGCGAUAAUGUGGAGUAUUGGCGCGCUGCUUGAACUCGAAGAUCGCUCGAAGUUGGAGAUCUUUAUGAGAGAGCAGUUUGAAAUGAACUUUCCCGAGACUGACUCACAACAAACGAUGUUUGAGUUCUUUGUUGACGAUGCUGGUGAAUGGGAACACUGGGAGAGUCGUGUUGAGGAGUAUAUUUAUCCCAAAGCUCACACUCCGGAUUACUUGUCGAUAUUAGUGCCAAACGUCGAUAACGUGCGAACAGAUUUUCUCAUCAAAACCAUUGCAAAACAGGGCAAGGCUGCUUUGUUGAUUGGUGAACAAGGAACAGCGAAGACAAUAAUGGUGAAAGGAUUUAUGUCCAAAUACGAUCCGGAACGACAUUUACAAAAGUCAUUCAACUUUUCCUCUGCCUCGACUCCGCUUCUUUACCAGAGAACAAUCGAGAGUUAUGUUGAUAAACGAAUGGGAAACACGUACGGUCCUCCGGCUGGAAAGAAAAUGACGGUGUUUGUUGAUGAUAUUAAUAUGCCGAUUAUCAAUGAAUGGGGCGAUCAGGUGACAAAUGAGAUCGUUCGCCAGCUCAUGGAAAUGGGAGGUUUUUACAAUCUCGAGAAACCAGGAGACUUCACUCACAUUGUUGAUAUUCAGUUCUUGGCAGCCAUGAUUCAUCCCGGGGGAGGACGGAAUGAUAUACCCAGCAGAUUGAAAAGACAAUUCAGCAUCUUUAACUGCACACUGCCAAGCAAUGCCUCGAUUGAUAAAAUAUUUGGUGUAAUUGGAUGCGGUCAUUUCUGCAAAGAACGUGGUUUUCCUGAGCUGGUGCGUGAACUUGCAAAAAAUCUUGUUCCUUUGACGCGUCGUCUCUGGCAAGCGACCAAGGUAAAAAUGUUGCCAACGCCAGCGAAGUUUCAUUAUAUUUUCAACCUUCGUGAUCUGUCUCGUAUCUGGCAAGGAAUGUUAAACACAAUCUCGGAUAUCAUCGUAGACGAACGCUCUCUUAUGUUGCUAUGGAAACACGAAUGCCAUCGCGUCAUCGCUGACCGUUUUACAAACCAGAAAGAUAAAGACUGGUUCGAGAAAAGUUUGGUCCAGCUUGUCGGCGAGGAGCUUGGUGACGAACUUCAUGCGCAUGUUGAAGAGACUCCUUACUUUGUUGACUUCCUCAGAGAUGCCCCAGAAGCCACAGGAGACGAACCAGAAGACGCUGAUUUUGAAACUCCGAAAAUAUACGAAGCUAUUCCUUCAUUUGAAUUUCUGGAACAACGAUUGUUGAUGUUUCUAACUUUGUAUAACGAGAGCAUUAGAGGAGCUGGAAUGGAUUUGGUUUUCUUUACAGACGCAAUGGUUAAUUUAGUUAAAAUAUCACGGAUAAUCAGAAUGCCAAGAGGAAAUGCUUUACUGGUCGGUGUUGGUGGUUCUGGAAAACAAAGUUUAACUAAACUUGCUUCAUUUAUCGCUGGAUAUAAGAUAUUUCAGAUUACUCUGACAAGAUCAUACAACCAGUCAAACCUGAUGGAAGACCUGAAGUUUUUGUAUCGUACCGCUGGUCAGAUGGGUCAAGGCAUCACAUUUAUUUUUACUGAUCAAGAAAUAAAAGAAGAGGCAUUCCUCGAGUAUUUGAACAACGUUUUAUCGUCAGGAGAGGUCUCCAACCUGUUUGCUCGUGAUGAGAUCGACGAGAUAUGUGGGGAACUAAUUCCGAUAAUGAAGAAAGAAUACCCGAGGAGACCUCCAACCCCGGAGAAUUUGUAUGAUUAUUUCUUGACUCGGGCAAAACGCAAUCUUCAUGUCGCUCUUUGCUUUUCACCGGUUGGUGAAAAAUUCCGCAACCGUUCGUUGAAGUUUCCUGGACUUAUAAGUGGAUGUACAAUGGACUGGUUCAGCCGCUGGCCUAAGGAUGCGUUGAUUGCAGUGGCAGAUCAUUUCUUAUCAGAUUUUGACAUUGUCUGCACCCCGGAGAUAAAGCGUGAAGUCGUUCAAAGCAUGGGAGUGUUUCACGAUGGUGUGGCUGUAAGCUGUUUGGAUUACUUUGAAAGAUUCCGUCGAUCAACUCACGUGACGCCUAAAUCUUACCUGUCCUUCAUCAACGGCUACAAGACAGUGUACUCAUUGAAGAAAAAACAGAUUGGCGAUCUGGGCUCUAGAAUGAACACGGGUCUUGAUAAGCUGAUGGAAGCCAGUGAAUCAGUCGCUGAACUUUCAAAACAACUCGCCGUGAAAGAAAAAGAACUUGCAGUUGCCUCUCAGAAAGCAGACACGGUUUUAAAAGAAGUUACGGUGUCAGCUCAAGCUGCGGAAAAAGUGAAAGCUCAAGUUCAAAAAGUCAAGGAUAAGGCUCAAGUCAUUGUUGAUGGUAUUGCGGCGGACAAGUUUUUAGCUGAAGGAAAAUUGGAAGCUGCUAAACCAGCUUUAGAAGAAGCUGAAGCCGCAUUACAGACAAUAAAGUCUCAACAUAUCGCAACGGUUCGACGGCUGGCCAAUCCUCCUCAUCUGAUCAUGCGAAUCAUGGACUGCGUUUUAAUCUUGUUCAGAAAGAGACUGGAUACUGUGGUUUAUGAUCCUGAACGAAACUGUGCUAAACCAUCCUGGGGGGAGUCUUUGAAGUUAAUGAGCAGCGGUAACUUGCUUCAAUCAUUGAUGCAAUACCCAAAAGACAUUAUCAAUGAUGAGAUGGUCGAGCUGGUAGCGCCGUAUCUGGAAAUGGUUGAUUAUAAUAUUGACACUGCGCGCAAGGUUUGUGGUGACGUGGCAGGUCUGUGUUCUUGGACGAAAGCGAUGUCUUAUUUCUUUGGUAUAAACAAAGAAGUUUUACCUCUCAAGGCGAAUUUGGCUGUUCAAGAAGCACGUCUGGCUGUGGCGAAUAAAGAUUUGAACGAAGCUCAGGCUGAACUAGAUGCAAAACAAGCAGAACUUGAUGAAGUUCAGGCUCAAUAUGAAAGAGCAGUCAGAGAAAAACAAACUUUGCUCGAUGACGCUGACUCGUGUCGUCGAAAAAUGCUCGCUGCCUCGGCUCUCAUCGGAGGACUGGGCGGAGAAAAGGAAAGAUGGACGGAACAAAGUAAGGAAUUUGAUUCUCAGAUUGGAAGACUUGUUGGUGAUGUCUUGGUGGCGACCGGAUUCCUGUCAUACGCUGGACCUUUCAACCAGGAGUACCGUGAUGCAUUGCUGUCCUCGUGGCAGAAGGAAAUGAGAAUAAGACAGAUUCCUAACUCAAAAGAUCUCAACGUUACUGGAAUGCUGGUUGACAGUGCUACGGUGAGCGAGUGGAACCUCGAAGGAUUACCAAAUGACGAGCUUUCAGUUCAGAAUGGAAUCAUUGUGACCCAGGCUGCAAGAUAUCCGCUGCUUAUUGAUCCACAGGGUCAGGGCAAGGCCUGGAUACGAAAGAAGGAAUCGAAGAAUAAUCUUCAGGUGACGUCGUUGAAUCACAAAUAUUUCCGCAAUCAUUUGGAAGAUUGUUUAUCUCUUGGCAAACCAUUGCUGAUUGAGGAUGUCGGAGAAGAGUUGGAUCCAGCUCUUGACAACGUUCUGGAGAAGAACUUUAUAAAAUCAGGCAGUACAUAUAAGGUGAAAGUUGGUGAUAAGGAAGUUGAUGUUAUGGAUGGUUUUGCCUUGUAUAUCACUACAAAAAUGCCAAAUCCUUCUUAUACACCCGAGGUGAGUGCAAAGACGGUAAUUAUUGAUUUCACGGUGACGAUGAAAGGUUUGGAAGAUCAACUGCUGGGAAGAGUUAUCCUGACGGAGAAGGCGGAACUUGAAGCCGAGCGGACAAAACUGUUAGAAGAUGUUUCCAUGAAUAAACGUAAAAUGAAAGAACUCGAAGAUAAUUUGCUGUAUCGUUUGACGAGUACUAAGGGUUCCCUGGUCGAUGAUGAGUCGCUCAUUGAGGUCCUGAGUACGACAAAAUCAACCGCUGAGGAUGUGAGCCAGAAGUUAGUUGUGGCAGCGGAUACAGAGAUUAAAAUCAACAGCGCGAGAGAAGAGUUUAGACCAGUGGCGACACGCGGUAGCAUUCUGUAUUUCCUGAUUGUUGAAAUGUCAAUGGUGAACUGUAUGUACCAGACAUCCUUGAAGCAGUUCCUCGGACUAUUUGAUAUGGCCAUGGCGAGGUCAAGUGCAUCGCCAAUUACAUCAAAACGUAUCGCGAAUAUUAUCGAAUAUCUAACGUACGGAGUGUUUGCAUACUCUGUGAGAGGACUGUACGAGAAAGACAAGUUUCUGUUUACACUUCUUCUGGCUUUGAAGAUCGAUCUACAAAAUAAGAGGAUCAGACAUAACGAAUUCUUGACAUUAAUAAAAGGUGGCGCUGCACUGGAUCUCAAAGCUGUGCAACCCAAACCCUGCAAAUGGAUCACAGAUAUGACUUGGCUAAACCUCGUGGAACUCUCAAAACUACCGCAGUUCUCUGACAUCCUGAAUCAGGUUUCACGAAAUGAAAAAGCAUGGAAAUCUUGGUUUGACAAAGAUGCACCGGAAGCGGCUGAAAUUCCAGACGGUUAUCACAAUUCUUUGGACACUUUCAGAAGAUUGCUGUUGAUACGGUCUUGGUGUCCAGAUCGUACUCUGUCCCAGGCUCGUAAAUACAUCUCCGAGUCCCUCGGUCCUGAGUAUGCGGAAGGCGUGAUCUUGGAUCUGGAGAAGACUUGGGAAGAGACGGACGAACGAACCCCGUUGAUUUGCUUUCUUUCAAUGGGAUCAGAUCCAACCAACUCGAUUGAGUCGCUGGCAAAAAGACAGAAGCUGGAAUUCCGUGCAAUAUCAAUGGGUCAGGGUCAGGAAGUACACGCAAGAAGAUUGCUUAAUCAAUUUAUGCAGACGGGAGGCUGGGCAGCUUUACAAAACUGUCAUCUUGGUUUAAAUUUCUUGGAUGAGUUGAUUGAUAUUGUCACUGAUACAGAAAGUGUUCAUAGUGACUUCCGCUUGUGGAUCACCACUGAAGUUCAUCCCCAGUUUCCCAUUGGUCUUCUUCAGAUGUCGAUUAAAUUCACAAAUGAACCACCUCAAGGUCUCAAAGCUGGUCUGAAAAGAACGUACACUGGUAUUUCUCAAGAUCAAUUGGAUGUCUGCAGUCUUCCUCAAUGGAAACCCAUGCUGUAUGCUGUUGCGUUCCUUCAUUCCACUGUCCAGGAGCGUCGCAAGUAUGGUCCUUUGGGCUGGAAUAUUCCGUACGAGUUCAACCAGGCAGACUUCACAUCUUCAAGUGUACAAUUUGUUCAAAAUCACCUGGAUGACAUGGACUUGAAGAAGGGCGUGUCUUGGAACACUGUCAGAUACAUGCUGGGUGAAGUUCAGUAUGGUGGAAGAGUCACGGAUGAUUUUGAUAAACGAUUACUGAACACAUUCUGUAAGGUUUGGUUUACUGACGCGAUGUUCAGCACAGGCUUCAACUUUUACAAGAAAUACACAAUCCCAAAGUGCAACUCAGUCGCUCAGUAUUUGGAUCAUAUUGAUACACUAGCCCUGGUUGAUACGCCUGAGGUGUUUGGUCUUCAUCCUAAUGCUGAUAUCACAUAUCAGAGCAACGUUGCAAAGAACUGUUUGGAUACAAUACUCAGUAUUCAACCGAAAGACAGCUCGGGAGGAGCCGGAGAGACUCGAGAAUCAGUCGUGAACCGUUUGGCUGAUGACAUGUUGGAUAAACUUCCUGAGGAUUAUAUCCCACAUGAGGUGAAAGCUCGUCUUGAAAAGAUGGGUCCUUACGCUCCAAUGAAUAUCUUCUUACGUCAAGAACUUGAUCGAAUGCAGCGAGUUAUAACAGCUGUGAGGGAAACAUUGACUGAUCUCAAACUGGCGAUUGAUGGAACGAUUAUCAUGAGCGAGGUUCUACGUGAUACUCUCGACUGUAUGUAUGAUUCCAGAGUUCCAAGACAUUGGCAAAAGGUCUCCUGGGAUUCCUCGACUCUUGGUUUCUGGUACACGGAGCUGCUCGAACGUAAUCUACAAUUUCGAAGUUGGAUAUUUGAUGGAAGACCAAACGUGUUUUGGAUGACUGGAUUUUUCAACCCUCAAGGAUUCCUCACAGCCAUGAGACAGGAAGUAACGCGGGCUCACAAAGGCUGGGCGUUAGACUGUGUUAUCUUACACAAUGACGUCACUCGUUUCUACAAAGACGACAUCUCACAGCCUCCUGCUGAAGGUGUUUAUGUCUAUGGCUUAUACCUCGACGGCGCCGGCUGGGACCGACGAGGCUCGAAGCUUAUCGAACCUCCAGCGAAGGUGCUGUUCACGCCACUUCCGGUUAUACACAUUUACGCCAUCAAUUCGACAGCGCCACGAGAUUCCCGGAUGUAUCAAUGUCCAAUAUAUAAAAAGCCGCGACGUACGGAUCUUACGUACAUUGCUGACGUGGAACUGAAAACCAAUCAAAAUCCAGAUCACUGGAUUCUCCGGGGGGUUGCUCUGCUCUGUGACAUCAAGUGAUGACAUCAUCAAAUGAUGUGCGUCAGGCAGAAACCAUUUAUAAUCAGCAAAGAUGGAUCUCAUCAUCUCAUGGGAUACAACAUUACAUAUCAUUGCAAAACUCACGAAGCAUUCAAUGCUGGCUAACUUUAUUACUUUUUGAAGCAGAAGAUUCUCCUUUGUUUAUUGUUUUCGUAAAGCUGAAAUGUAAUUUCACAAUUUAGAGCCUGCAUAAUCUAUGUUUAGCAACAGUAAUUUCUCGUAGCGUUUCUGUGAUUACUCUUCAAAGAAUGAAUAUAAUAAAAACUAUACUCGUCUGUAAUAAACUAAUCAGAUUUUAAAUAUUACACAACUAGAAAAACACUAAAACAGUAAAUUAUUCUAGAAGUACUCUGCAUCUUCGUAACUGUACAAAAGCAUAUUCUAAAUUACGUUAAACAAGCAAUACUAUAAACUCAGCUUUUCCUAAAUAUCUUCGCAGCUUAUAUUCAGGU